AUGAAACAGAAAAUAUUCAUUAUUGGAGCUAUCAUUGCACUUACACACGCCUACGUCAAUGCCACAGAUGGCGAAGAUGACAUACCUCUUUAUGCAAAUGCAUCCGACCCAAUGACGGCUAUAGACUUAAAUGACAAUCCGUCUAAAAAAAAAAAGAUCGUGAGAGUUGGUGAUAAAGGGGGGCUGGGCUAUCUCUUCCACCAGAUAGGAGGGUACCUGAAGAGCUCUCUUCUUUCUGCACUGAAGCCCGUUUCGACCAAACUAUCAGAUUUUGACAUGAGCGACCCUAGUGAGGACCAUCAAUCCGACUUAUUUCCAUCAGAACAUCAAAUAAAUAAGCUGCAGAGCCCUCUUCAAACACAUUUUAAUCUUUCCCAGCCUUCUUCUUCUCAAAACGCGCAGCCGUACCACAAAGUGCUCUCUAUAGACUCUGUGCGCCCAUCGUUCAUUCCGUAUGCCGGAGGUGUGGCUGAAAUAACGAUUGAAAGUCCUAAAAAGCGCGAACCGCAGUCAGAUCUGGAAAAAGGAUUCUACAAGAAGUUUGACCAGCACCACAGAAAAGUCCACAACACAAAAGAGUUUAUCAGAAAAGGAAUACAAAAUGCAAAGAAAAAUUUGCUUUUGCAGACCAAGCUGGCUCGUGCGUAUGCAGCAGAGGCUGCCAAUAAAACCAUGGGAGUCUUCGAAGAUACGCUGCGCUCCUCCCAUCUUCUUUCUAAUCUUGUCAAAAAAGGUCUCGUUACCCCAUACUCUGCUGCCAGAGAGCUUGCCAAUUCGGUGAAAGAUGUGGCAAGCGAGUACAUCGAUGCGAGCUCCCGGAAUAUGAAGGGCGCAUCCAAUUAUUUGCUGAAAACCGCAGUUGAGUCAGUUGAUGGAAUAGUCAACGGCCUAAAAGACUCUCCCAGUGCUGCUGAGGAUCUUCUGCCUUCGUACAAAGGCGUACUCAAUGACCCUAAAUACAACUUCCACAAAGAUCUUCCAUAUUUGGCGAGCUCCAUGGAGAUGGACAUGAACCGGCUGAAAGAGUACAUACAUCCGCACAAGAAGAAGGCCAUGGGCACUCUGUGGCAGGAGAUGGCAGGCACAAUUGAAGUGCUCAAAGAGCAGUGGAACAAACUGGGAAAUUCACUGUUUAACAAACAGACCAUAAUAUACAAGAAAAAGUUUCUUUCUCUGACGGAAGAUCUAGCGAAGAUCUUGGACGCUCUUCAGUCCUAUCUUGGGAAGAGUGCGCGGCUGGAAGUGCCUGGAAUAGAUGCCCUUCGCGACAGAUUUAAGUCUAUUUUGGACGAGAUCAAGAAAAAAAACCAUCUUGCCAUAUCGGGCGAUUUUUCAUUUAAAGAGCUGCUAGACUACAGUUUGGGAGUGUUUACGCAGCUAAAAGACAUAGACAGGGCCGUCCUUGGGAUAGACUCUAAUUUCAACAGAGGAUUUGGGAAGAUGGCGUCUUCAAACCCGCUCUCUCCCCUGUCAGGAUACAAUCAGGUGGGGCUGGAUGCUCUGGAGGAAACAAGAGCGUACAGCGGAGUCAGACACCAUCCGGUUGAUGCAGCCUGCAUAGGAAACUGUUUUAAAUAG